AUGGAACCGUAUCUGAGCAAAAUAUAUCAACCCGUUCUUUUGGGUCUUGUCAUCGCCAGCCUUCUGGAAAACGUGUUCUUUAUUUUGCUCACAAUUAAACCGUUACAUCGGCUAUGCUAUCUCCACAGGCGACGUCGGAAGUUCGCUUUCCUGGCUCGAACCCGUGUUAAUAUUAGGUCUUUAGCAUACUCAAUUCAGUCUACAGCCAUUCCUUUUCCCGUGCAAAUAGUGGCACACACUAAUGUCUUUGCUGUCGCCUCUCAAUCCAGUGAUAGGCAACCGAACAGCCGAAGUCCCAAAGUGAACCAAAUGCCAUCGGACCAACGACUUCAAUUCCGAAGUCGCUGCAUUUCUGCCGAGUCUAAUGAGGCUCAUUGUUACUCAACAAAGCACAGAUUUACAUUCUACUAUUUUUGCAGUCUUUGCACUUCUAUAACCCUGCUAAUGAGUGCAACACUCGUGAACAUCCUCAUCGAAGUCCAGACAAACAGGGGUCAUAUUCACGUGGCGGAUGAACGACGAGCAAUCCACUGUCUUUUUGUUGGUGUUGCGCUUGUAGCCCUAGUCAUGUUAAUGUCUUUCAGUCUUGUCCAACUGACUACGGACCGCCUGAUUGCAAUUUUUCGACCCUUCCAUUACUGGAGGAUUAUGUCGUCCUGGAAAUGCCUCACUGUCAUCGCAGCGGGGUGGUCCGUGUCAAUCCUUUUCGCCCUAGUUCCAUACAUUCAUCUGAGACUCAGCUAUAAACCGCUUAGGAAAGACUUCAAGUACUGUUACAUAAUAGGGCUACAGGGUUCUGAGGACUUCCGUGCUUACUCAUAUGCAUUUAUCAUCCUGGUCUUCAUAAUUCCCCUUUGUUUUAUACUCUGGGCAUAUGCAAAAAUUUACAGGAUAGUAAAACAAUCUGCUGGUAGACACGCCGAGAAUCAUGCACGAUAUCUGCGUCAGGCGGAGACCAAGGAGCCUCGUUCCACUGCAGAUCUGACCCUGAAAAAUGGAAACGUUGAGUGUCGGUGCUUUGGGCCCCCACAGUCUGCUGCACGUGAGCCACGACCUCUGGCGCCACCACUAAGGUGUCGAUGUUUUUCUAAUCUCUCCCGCACGGCAUGCAGCCAAGUGAAUCACGAGACAGAAAACAGGGAUGCUGUACCCUUUUUAAGUGAUUACCUCAGAAAAGCCAAGUCUGCCAAAUCAGCUGUGUGGAUUCUCAGCAGCUUCUAUGGACUCACGCUGCCUUACAUGUGCGUCAUUUUCUAUCAGCCUUUCAUUGAUAGAUGUCCGAAAUGUCGUAGCGUUUGGCUGGAUUCUUUUGAGCGCACCAGCGUAAUCCUCGUCUACACAGCCACGGUAAUAACCCCUGUGAUCUACGCUUUUAGAGAUGGAGUCUUGAAAAAGCGAAUGGAUAGCUUUUUUCGAAGCCUCAAGUUAGCGUGCGUCAAAAGCACCAUUCCAAAUAUUUUAAAGAAAAGACAGGAAUAA